CAAUUUUCUCUCAGUCUAAGCAAAAUUGCAAGUGCAUAAGACUCAAUUGCUGUAUUAUUCAGACGGGAAAUUUUUUUGCUGUGAAAAAUUAUUGCUGACACAAUGGCAGGAGCUUCAGUCCAAAAUAUCGCAAAAAAUUUGCCAGAAGGCUUGAGGAAAAGCAUGGAAAAGUUUCAAGCUCCAAGCAGCGUUCCAAUCCAUUUAAAAGGUGGUCCAUUCGAUAGAGUUCUAUUCGGAAGUACUGUUGUUCUUUGUGGAUUAGGUGUUGUCGGAGUUCUCAGCUUUGUAUACUCAAUGGCCAAGAAGAAGUAAAUUAUCCAUCAAACAACAUUCACAAAACUUCUUAAUUAUGUCAAGAAAUAAAAAGUUAUUAAAAUUGAAAUAAAAAAUAAUAAUUUAGAUGAGAAAUUAAC